CCUCCGCUGUGGGAUUAUAAAGAGCAGGGCAGGAGCAGAGGAGUGCACCACAGUCGCUCUCUCCUCCUCUCUUCAUCUCCAGGUUCUCCUCUCCUACAGCACCUACGAUGGGCAACGUAACUACCAUCGACAAUUCCAGGCGAAACACUUCCAUAAAUACCAAUGUCGAAGUCACCGAUAUCCGCUUCAACCAUACAAUCUCCUUCAGUGCCAGUAGCCCCUUCAUUGGCGGCGGCUUCGUUGGCGGAGGCGGCGGAGGAGGAGAGAACUUCGACGUCUGCGGCAAUGAGAAGGCCACCAUGCAGAACCUGAAUGACCGCCUGGCCACCUACCUGGAAGAGGUGUGGUCCCUGGAGAACGGCAACGCCGAGCUGGAGUUGAGGAUCCGACAAUUCCUGGAGAACAAAACCUCUCCCGGAUCCCGAGACUACUCCGCCUUCUUCGUCUCCAUCGCAGACCUGCACAACAAGAUCCAUGGCGCCAUGUGUGUCGAUGGAAGCAUCUACCUGGCCAAAGACAACGCCAAGCUGGCGGCGAACGACUUCAAGACAAAGAGGGAGAACGAGCUGAGCAUGCGGCAGUCGGUGGAGGCGGACUUCGCCGGACUCAAGAGGCUGCUGGACGUGCUGGCCAGGUCUGACCUGGAGAUGCAGAUUGAAGGGCUGAAGGAGGAGCUGAUCUUCCUGAAGAAGAACCAUGAGGAGGAGAUGCUCGGCCAGCGGCAGCAGAUGACGGGCCAGGUGAACGUGGAGGUGGAGGUGGACGCGGGGCCGACGCAGGACCUGAACACCGUCCUGUCAGAAAUCCGCGAGCAGUACGAACAGGCAUCGGCCAAGAACAAGAAGGAACUGGAAGCCUGGUUCCAAGAGAAGGCGGCGACGGUCAAACAGGAGGUCGCAGUGAGCACAGAAACCAACCUCAACCGCCUGCUGCAGUCCCUGCAGAGAGAGCUCCAAUCACAGCUCACCAUUAAAGGGUCACUCGAGGGCACCCUGCAGGAGACGGAGAACCAGGCGACCAGCCUGGAGGAGCAGCUGGUCAACCUGCAAGGCGACAUCGACCGCCAGGGCCAGGAGUACCAGAUGCUGCUGGACACCAAGACGCGCCUGGAGAUGGAGAUCGCAGAGUACCGCAGACUGCUGGACGAGUAGGCCAGCACUGGCAGCAGCUCCAGCUCCAGCACCUAGACCAACUACCGCGUGGUCACAGAGGCUGAACCCACCAGUAAGGACAGCCCUCUCGACCACUGGCAGAGCACCAGGAGAGGCCAACAGCUCCCCCCUACACACCCAGGAACCAGAGGCCAACGACCUCCUCACUACACACCCAGGAACCAGAGGCCAACACCUCCAAACUACACAUCCAGGGACUCCCCUCUGCUACACACCCAGGAAAUCAAAGACCCAGAGCUGUUGUGUCGUGCCCGCUGUAUUUGGAUCCAAUAAAAAUAAUAAAGAGUGCUCUACCUUGCUGACUAAAACGUG